AGAUCCUGUAGUUGAGGGAUGGACAUUUCGAUUUCAUUUGGCACUUUCCCUGAAGGCGGGGCAGGGAGACAGCACUGUUGACCUUCAGAAAGAAAAGAGGGAAAGACCCAAUAGGCAGCCUGCUUAGCAGAGGAGAACAAGGAAAGUACGGAGGCAAGAGGGGAAAAGAGAGAGAAGAAAUAAAAGUGGGAGAGAAAAUCGGUGAGAGUGAAGUGACAGCUUGAGGAUUCAUCAAAUGAGGGAAGUAACCAGCAAAAGGUUUCCAUUCUCCCAAGGCCCUUGCUCUGCUGCCUGCUCUCGAUGACCAUGCUGCUGACACUGGGCCAGACACUCUGAGCCAAACAUCUGAUUGUGAUCAUCUAUCAGACCCUCUCUUCACUGCUCCUUGUUUAAUGACCAUGAAAGCUGGGCUUGCAUACUGCUCUCUUCUUUUCCUUCUUCUGAUUGUGGAUGUCUCAGGCCAGCGAAAGCCAAAGCCUGUCCGCCCACCUUCCACCAAGAAACCUUCUGCCCCUAAGAAACCUUCCUCCCCUGACCCAAAACCUGAGCUGGAACCCCAAGAACCCACAGACUUUCCCCCUCUGAUCCUAGGUCCUCCUUCUGUAUUCUCAGACUGCCCCAGAGAGUGUUUUUGCCCCCCAUCGUAUCCAAAUGCCCUGUACUGUGAAAACCGCAACCUCCGGAAGAUCCCGAUCAUCCCAUCCCGCACCCACUAUCUUUACCUACAGAACAAUUACAUUGAUCAAGUGUCUGCAGACUCCUUCAACAACUGCACUGAGCUUAAGUGGAUAAACCUGGGAAACAACCGCAUCCGUUCAGUGGAGAAACAAGUAUUUGAGAAGUUGCCAAACCUACUCUACCUCUAUAUGGAGAGGAACCAGCUAAAGGAGGUGCCCAAUGACCUGCCGGUUGGUCUGGAGCAGCUUAGACUCAGCCACAAUCAAAUCUCAAAGAUCCCUCCUGGAGCAUUUAACAAGAUGGAAAAUCUUGUACUCCUGGAUCUGCAUCACAACAGGAUUAGUGACAGUGGCUUGAGCAAGAACAUCUUCAAAGAUCUAAAGAACUUAGUUCAACUCAACCUAGCUCAUAACAUCCUCAGGAAGAUGCCCACUAAUGUACCAAACAGCAUCUUCCAACUGUUCUUGGACAGAAAUAACAUUGAGGAGAUUCCAAAGGACUACUUCAAGGACUUUGCAAACCUAGCCUUUGUGAGACUUAACUACAACCAGCUUAGUGACAAGGGCCUUCCAAAUACGGUGUUCAAUGUGAGCUCACUGUUGGAUCUGCAUUUGGCGCAUAACAAGCUGAGCACUGUUCCAAUGUUCAACUCUGAGCUGGAGCAACUUCACCUAAACAACAAUAACAUUGAGAAUGUGAAUGGCACAGAGAUCUGCCCCUCUAAUUCUUACAACCUGCAUGAUGAGGACAGCGCACCCAAACUAAGAUACUUGCGGCUGGAUGGUAAUCACCUGAGUCCUCCUGUCCCCCUGGAUGUCAUCAUGUGUUUCAAACACCUACACGCCAUAGUAAUAUAGACAAUGUUAUGAGUCAUGAACAGAUACAUGCCUGUGCACAAUCAGGCCUUCCUGUCUACUUGACAGUACUGAUUGAAUCAAACAGUACCACAAAAAACAAGUAAGGAAUUAAGAAUAAAUGGCAAUGCAUUUUUUCCUUUAUGUUAAGAAAUGUUUUAAUGUGUAACCUAAGAACCUUCAGUGCACCAUAUUUAUUGAACUUCCUGCCUUGAAUACAAUUGAGCAUGAGUAUUCUGCAUUAAAUGUUUAUAUAAUUAUACAGAUGCAGCAGCAAUGUCUAUAAAUGGAAUUAAAUAAACCCUAAAAAUAAAGGUACAUUAACCGACGUACUGUGCUACAGACAAGUGUAGUUACAACUUAUAAAUAAUCUGUAAGAUGUGUCUUUGUCUAUAGAGGUAAGGGAAAAAAGAGGACUAUAAAGAAAACUACACUGUAAAAUAAAAGUUUGUCAAGUAACACAAAUUCUUGUUUCAUUCAAGUACAAAAUAUUAUUGUAUUUGACAGAAUCAACCUGACUGCAGUAGGUGCAGCGAAAAUAUUGUUAUGGGUCAGAUCAGGUAUAGCAAUUGCUCAUUAGGGUAACAACUACAUGUUUUCAAUUUUUACAGUGUAGAUGGACACGACGUGGAAUAGCAGGGAAUGAUAAAAGAGGGAAUAAUGUAACUACUGUGUAGUUGAAAAUGUCCUUAAUGUGCCUGUGUUUUUAAGGUACUGUAUGUAGUCCUGCCUUGUGUGAAAAUUUCUGUAUAAAUAAGUGUUCUAUUCUCUAAUAAUUCUUUGAAUAUUAAUUCACUUUCUGACUCAUUCUGUAAGUUCUUUAGAACAGCAUUCAAUUCUUAACAAAUAAAUAAGGACUGUUUAAUUUAAUUAGGCUGAUUAAAGGAAUAUUCUGGGUUCAGCACAAGUUAAGCAUAAUCGACAGCAGUUGUGGCAUCAUGAUUGCCACAAAAAAUAUUUUUUAACUUUUCCAUCAUUUUUUGUCUAAUAUUCUGGAAUUUACCUUUAAAUACAUAUCAUAACACACCUCUUUUGAGACAAGGUGAACUGGUAGAUUAUGUAUGAAAAUGGUUUCUUUGGCUUGUGAUCAAAUAUUUCGUUUUGAAGAUGAUUGGUCCAGACAUAUUUGCACUGAAUAUCAUGUCAUAUAUUCUCAUAUGUCACAUUUCAAAAUAAGUCUAUUUUAAGUCUAUUUUACCAUUGGCUGACAAGCUGUUGUCAGUGGUGUUGCAUUGUGUCACCUAAAUAAACUAAAUAAACU